AUGGUGAAAUUGUUCUGGCUUGUGUGGACAGACUGGUCUUGGGCUGGGCUGCUGCGACUAACCUUUCGCCCAGAGUUGGCGGAGCUGAGGUUGGCUGGCUGGGUGGCACUUUUCGUCGACCCAUUUGGGAAAGUUAGUGGUGCGUUGCAUGGUCAAUUUGGAUUUGAUCAACAACUUACCUUGACAAUUCGCAUUGAUCAACUGACCUGGCAAAGAAAAGAGUCAAAAUCUGGAUCAAAUCGGUGA